AUGUGGCGGUUAUCAAUAUUCUUACUAUUUUACCUAUUGAAAAUAGGAUAUGGUGAAUAUUUACAAACAAUUCUUGUUCAACCAAAAUCUGUAGAAGUUCCAGUUGGUGAAACCGUUCUUCUGUAUUGUACGGUAUUUAAUCAAUAUGGUGAUGUUGCUUGGUGUAAAGAUGGUCAUUGUACGAUGGGUCGAGAACGACCAUUAUAUUAUAUUCCUCGAUAUGAAAUUAUCGGAGAUAAACAAGGUGGUAUAAAUAGUUUACAAAUUCGAAAUGUUAAUCUUGAUGAUGAUGGUAUAUAUCAAUGUCAAAUUGGUCGAACUAAGGAAGCUCGUGAAGUUCUUUCAAAUUAUGCAAAUUUAACAAUUCUUAUUCCACCUGAACAAAUUUCUAUAACAUUUGUACCACCUGGUAUUGUCAUUACUGGAAAAGAAUUUAGAAUAAAUUGUGAAGUACUUAAUACACGACCGGCACCAUUAUUUACUUGGCAAACACCACCUAAUACACAAAUAGUGAAUAUUUCACAAGUAACGACACCAAUGUCAAAUAAUAGUAAACUACUCAGAUCAAUAUCAACAAUAACACUUCUUGCAGAUAUCAAUCAACAUGGACAAGAAAUUAAAUGUGAAGCAACUCAUAUAGCAUUAAAUAAAUCAUUGAUAUCAACAACAAUUAUUGCUGUUGAUUAUCAACCUGUUGUUAAAAUAAUUUUAAAACCAAUACAAAUGAAUGAGAACAAAGAGUAUUGGUUUGAAUGUAUAGCAGAAGGUCGACCAUCAAUUACAGAACUUGUUUGGAAAAUAAAUAACACAAUUCUUGUACGAAUGCCUCCGAUGUCUGAUGGAAGAUAUCCUUUAUAUUUAAAUGCUACACGUAAUAUGCAUAAUCAAUAUCUUUCAUGUUCUGCAUUAAAUAGUGCUGGAGUAUCAGAAGAUGUUGUAAUUCUCAAUAUUAAUUAUUCACCGAAAUUUCAAUCAUUUCCAACACCUUAUACAAUUGUUCGUUUGGGUGAUUCAUUAAAACUUUCAUGUACUGUUGAUUCUAAUCCACCAGCAAAUAUUCUCUGGACAAAAAAUGGAGAAUUUGUUGGCGGUGGAAGUCAAUAUCAAAUACCAGAAGUACAUGAAGAUGAUUAUGCUGUUUAUGCAUGUAUAGCAACACUUGGAGGACAAUUUACUAAAAUUGUUGCAUCUACGAAAGUUCUUCCACCAGGACCACCACGUUUUUAUCCUCCACAAUCAGUUCUUACUUCGAGAGGAUCAGAAGUUAUGCUUAAAUGUCAAUUAGAAAAAGAUAUUGAACCAAUCGAUUCAUUUUGGAUAUUUAAAAAUUCAACACUUAUUAAUAAUAUGAAACAUACUAUAAUCGCAGCACGUGACAUUCGAACAAUUCCACGUUAUGAAGUAGGUUUAAUUAUACAUGAUGUACAAACAAAUGAUUUUGGUGAAUAUGAAUGUCAUGUUACAAAUCAAUAUGGAACUGAAUUUGUUCGUAUUCAUCUUAAAAAACGAAGUAGCCAUAUUUUUAUGCAAUUAGCUAUUUAUUUUGGGAUACUUGUUCUACUUAGUUUAAUUCUAUUUUCUAUGUAUCUAUGUUGUCAGCAGGCUUGUCGAGUAGAUAAAAAACGUACAACUAUACGUCGAAUACGUCGAGUUCAAACUUGGUUACAAAGUAAACCAAGCAUGUGGAUUCAUAAUUUAGCAGCAGCAGAAAAGAUUCCCUUGACUGUCUAUGAUAUAAAUUCAGGUGUUACUCGAACGACAUUGAAUCCACCAGUUGAUAUUGUUGAAUGUUAUCUUUCUAUGAUGAAUGAACAAAAAAAUCAACAUUUAGAUCGACCAUUAUUACCACCACCUCCACCACCAUUAACAAUACGAAUGCCAUUCUGUAAUGAUGAUGAUUAUGAUUAUGAUUAUGAUGAUCAAUCAGAACAAAUCUAUGAAACAGCUGAUCCUAUUUCUUGGCAUAUUGAUGUUUAG